AUGUCUGCGAAAACUCGCGAUCGGUUGGUUGUCACCGAAGAUUCAGACGACGACAACGAAAGAGAGGAAUUAUCAUCAGGUAUUUUUAAACUAAAAAUUAAUAAGAGAAGUUGGUUUUCUUGUUUAGGCGAAAGCGGCGAGGAAGGACCAUCGUCUCUUGAUGCUCCAGAGAGAGAUACAGAAGAUACUGUCGCAUUUCCUGCAAUUCAGAAGGUAAUUUGUCUGUUCAUUGACUAACUGACACAUAAUCUGAUUUCAGAGAAAGAAGAAGGUGAUAAAGAAGCUGACACGAAAAGAGCAGAGCUUGAAGAAGAGUCUGAAGGAGUACCGCAUCAAGUUGGCCCUUGUCAAGCCGGAUAUCACGACCGACCGGGAAAAGGAACGAAAUCUGAGACGCGUCGCUACAAAGUGAGCUUUGCAGACGGCUAAAGGUCGUCGCUGGACGUCUUCUGAUACUUUGAUUUCUUCAGGGGUGUCGUGCAACUAUUCAACGCUGUCUCCGAUCGCCAAACGACAAUGUCGGACGCGGUGAGAGACAAGAUGACUGCCAGAGAUCGGAAAGAAGCACGCGAACGGUUCGACGGAAAGAACUUCGAUUCGGACAAGUACGCAGAUUAUGGAUAUGGAGCGAAGAAAGAGGUGAAAGGGGAAGAGGAUGAAGAAGAAGACGAAGGCAUGGACAUUCAAGAAGACGAAAUCGACACCGGAAACUACAGCGACGAUAACUGA